AUUAAAUUUUAAUAUGCGGGGAUUCUUAAGCCUUGCUAAAACAAUUAUCUAUUAGUCUUCAAAAACUAAGCCAACUCAAUAAAUUAAAGUUUAAUUUAGAUUGUAUUAUAUUAAAAUUUAUAUAGGGCUAAUCAAUUGUUGGCCUCUCAAUUUAAAUUUUGCUCAUCAAUAGAACUCUUAAGACUGAAUUAUUUAUAGAGCUUAAUGUCAUGCUCCCUUUAAGAAGACCUUGAUGGUAUCAAUUAUUUAAUAUACACAAGAAGAAGAUUUGGAUACAAGCAUUUCGAAAAUAAUUUCUGUGGCUUUGCGCAAGAAUAUUACAAAGAAUCAAAAAAAUUAUAACACCAUUUGAAUAAUUAUUCAAAUCUACAUAAAUAAUCCUUAAC